CAAAUGGAACUCAGGAGUUUAUUCAAAUACCAGACAAAUCAAUAUUUUUUAGUGGUUUAAAGAAUGAACUCGCAAAAAUGAUUCCCGUAGAAGAAGGAAGAUUAAGCUCAACUGAACGUAGACAAAUUGAUUUAUCCAUCACUGAUUCUCAAAGAUUGCUUAUCUCACUUUCAAUUAAUGAAGCAAAAAGUAGUGAUAAAAGGAUUACCACACAAAUAAGGAAUGAUUUAGACAUGUUAAUUAGAAAUAAAGAGUUCACGAGCAUUUCAACGGGUUCUUACACACAAUUUUUAGACGAUUCCUAUGGAUUUAUACAAACUUCAUCAGCUCUUUCAACAUUUUCCUUUAUAGCUAGUAAAAUAUAUGGUAUUAAAUUUGAUGCAAUUAAUAACAGAAUGAAAAGAAAAAAGGAAGAGGCUCAAAUGAGAGAAGAAGAAAAGGCCAAAGAAAGAGAAGAGAAGAAAGCAUUAAAAACUGAUGAAGAGGAAAUUGAUAAGAACAAAGAUGAAGAGGAAAUUGAUAAGAGCAAAGAUGAAGAGGAAAUUGAUAAGAACAAAGAUAAGGAGGAAAUUGAUAAAAAAAAUGAAGGGGAAAUUGAUAAAAGAAAUGAAGAAAUUGAUAAAAACAAAGUCAAAUGA